CAUAAAUGACAAUGUUUCUGAUUUUCAGCAUUCUGCCUACAGUAAUUGAUAUCAUUGUUGCUGUCAUAUACUUCACAGCAGCAUUCAAUUAUUGGUUUGGUAUUAUUGUGUUUGUCACCAUGGCAACUUAUUUAGCUAUCACAAUCAUUAUGACUGAAUGGAGGACGAAAUACAGACGUAACAUGAAUUUAGCAGAUAAUGAGCAGAGAGCUCGAGGUGUAGACUCCCUGCUCAACUUCGAAACUGUGAAAUAUUAUGGUGCUGAAGACUAUGAAGUAAACAGGUAUAAGGAAGCUGUACUGAGUUACCAGGUAGAGGAGUGGAAGAGUAAUGCUUCUCUGUGCUUCCUGAACACAAUUCAGAAUUUUGUAAUUAAUGGAGGCCUCAUGGCUGGAUCUAUGCUUUGUGCCUGGAUGGUAGCAAAGGACAAAGGCCUGACUGUUGGAGACUACGUUCUCUUUUCAUCCUACAUCAUGCAGCUGUAUACACCUCUUAACUGGUUCGGAACUUAUUAUCGUAUGAUUCAGCAAAAUUUUGUGGACAUGGAGAAUAUGUUCGACUUGCUAGAAGAAAAGCAAGAGAUUCUGGACAAAUCAGAUGCUGAUGUCAUGGUAUUACCACAAGGCAAAAUUGAAUUCAAGGAUGUAUCAUUCCAUUAUAGUCCUGACAGACCUAUUUUGAAAAGCGUCUCAUUCCUUGUGGAGCCCGGAAAAACAAUUGCUAUUGUUGGACCAACAGGCAGUGGUAAAAGCACAAUCAUUCGACUUUUGUUCCGGUUUUAUGAUGUCACAGGUGGAUUCAUAGCCAUUGAUGGUAAAAAUGUAAAGGACUACACACAAAAAUCUGUGCGGCAGGCAAUUGGAGUUGUACCUCAAGACACUGUACUAUUCAAUGAGACUAUUUUCUAUAACAUCCAUUAUGGCAAAGUAACUGCAACAGACACUGAAGUGAAAGAAGCUGCCAAAAAUGCUGACAUACAUGACAAGAUUCUCACUUUUCCUGAUAAGUUUGAUACAAAGGUGGGAGAGAGAGGCCUCAAGCUUAGUGGAGGUGAAAAGCAGCGUGUGGCAAUAGCAAGGACUUUGUUGAAGAACCCAGCUUUCAUUUUGCUGGAUGAAGCUACCAGUGCACUUGAUACACAAACAGAAAGGAAUAUCCAGGCUGCAAUACAAAAAGUUUGUACUGACCGAACUGUGAUUAUUGUUGCCCAUCGCCUAUCCACCGUAAUUCAUGCUGACACAAUUCUAGUUCUGCAAGAAGGGGAGAUUGUAGAACGAGGAAGCCAUGAGGAUCUGAUAAAUAGAAGUGGAGUGUAUAGCAACAUGUGGCAGCAGCAGUUAGAGGCAAACAACAACACAGAUGGUAAUGGAAACACCAGUGUAGAGGCAGAAGGUGAGGAGCAGCCUCAGCCACCGAGUCCAGAGAAGAGUGACCAGCAGAAAACCAAAUUAUAACAACACUGAUAUCGUGAUAUUAUAUUUCUAUGUUGUGCCAGUAGGCAGGAAUGAUGUGUUAUUGAUGUAUAUUUAUUUCAUGUAGUAAAUUAUAACUCCGUGCAUAUCUCUUCAAACUGCAGUUUAGUUUCUUGAUAUUGUGUCCAGUUUUGUCGUAGAUACACUGGUAAUGAUGAAAGAUUUAAUAGUCACUUAAUUAUUCUUCAAAAUGUAUCCUGAAAUUAGCAAAGAGGCUACUUAUAACAGGGCAUUAUUAUAAUCUAAAUGGUUUUAUGAUACAUACAGUAUAGGCUAUGCAAUAUAGCCAUAGGAAAGCAUGAAACAGUUAGUAGUGAAUGUUUCAGCUAUUUCAAAAUUGUAUGUUGGUGAGGUUUUAGAUUUGUUUUAUGGACAGUUCAAGAGUAUUGAAUUCUUAUGUAUAUAAAAUUAGAAGAUAAAAAUAAAAAUCCUCUAUUUUA